CCUUCGCCCACCACGGCCCCUCGGCUCGCCCCUGGCGCUGCUCCUGUGGAGCUCUUCAGAAUGAUUCCCUGCAGAGCAGCCCUGUCCUUUGCUCGGUGUCUGAUCCGGAGAAAAGUCAUCACUCAGGACAGUCUAGAGGAUUCCAAAUUAUGCCGCUGCUUAUCCACCAUGGACCUCAUUGCCCUGGGUGUUGGGAGCACCCUCGGUGCUGGGGUUUACGUCCUGGCUGGGGAAGUUGCCAAGUCGGAUUCUGGCCCAAGUAUUGUCGUGUCCUUCCUCAUUGCUGCCCUGGCUUCUGUGAUGGCAGGCCUUUGCUAUGCUGAAUUCGGGGCCCGAGUUCCCAAGACUGGGUCUGCUUAUUUAUACACAUAUGUGACCGUGGGAGAGCUGUGGGCCUUCAUCACUGGCUGGAAUCUCAUUCUGUCGUAUGUGAUAGGUACGUCCAGUGUCGCAAGAGCCUGGAGUGGCACCUUUGAUGAACUUCUUAGCAAACAGAUUGGCCAGUUCUUCAGAACCUACUUCAAAAUGAAUUACACCGGCCUCGCGGAAUACCCAGACUUUUUUGCCGUGUGCCUCAUCCUGCUGCUAGCAGGUCUUUUAUCUUUUGGAGUUAAAGAGUCUGCUUGGGUGAAUAAAGUCUUCACAGCCAUUAAUAUCCUGGUACUGCUUUUUGUCAUGGUUGCUGGCUUUGUGACAGGCAAUGUGGCAAACUGGAAGAUAAGUGAAGAGUUUCUCAAAAAUAUUUCAGCAACUACCAGCGAGCCACCUUCUGAAAAUGGAACAAGUAGCUACGGAGUUGGCGGCUUCAUGCCUUACGGCUUGGCAGGGACUUUGGCUGGUGCUGCGACCUGCUUUUACGCCUUUGUGGGAUUUGAUUGCAUUGCAACAACUGGUGAAGAAGUCCGGAACCCCCAGAAAGCAAUACCUAUUGGGAUUGUGACUUCUCUACUUGUUUGCUUUAUGGCCUACUUUGGGGUCUCAGCAGCUUUAACACUCAUGAUGCCAUACUACCUCCUCGAUGAAAAGAGCCCCCUUCCUGUAGCAUUUGAAUAUGUGAGGUGGGGCCCUGCCAAAUAUGUUGUUGCGGCAGGCUCCCUCUGUGCUCUGUCCACGAGUCUUCUUGGAUCCAUUUUCCCAAUGCCUCGUGUAAUCUAUGCUAUGGCGGAGGAUGGGUUGCUUUUCAAAUGUCUAGCUCAAAUCAAUUCCAAAACGAAGACGCCAGUAAUUGCUACUUUAUCAUCAGGUGCUGUGGCAGCUGUGAUGGCGUUUCUGUUUGACUUGAAGGCUCUCGUGGACAUGAUGUCCAUUGGUACUCUUCUGGCCUACUCUCUGGUUGCAGCCUGUGUCCUCAUCCUCAGGUACCAGCCUGGCUUGUCCUAUCAGCAACCCAAAUAUUCUCCUGAGAAAGAAGCUCUACAGUCGUGUGCCAGCCCAGCCUCCAAGAGCGGGUCCCAGGUCACCAUGCUGCAGGGCCAGGGCUUCAGCCUUAGGCUCCUCAUCAAACCCUCCCCUCAGCCCACAUCGGUGUCAGCUUCUCUCGUGAGCAUCCUGGUCGGAUUACUGGCGUUUCUGGUCUUGGGCCUGAGCAUCCUGACCACCUACGGAGUGGAGGCCAUCGCCCGCAGGGAGGCCUGGAGCGUUGCUCUCCUGGCGGUGCUGCUUGUUCUCUGCAUCGCCAUCAUCCUCACCAUUUGGAGGCAGCCCCAGAACCAGCAGAAGGUAGCCUUUAUGGUACCAUUCUUACCAUUUUUGCCAGCAUUCAGCAUCCUUGUGAACAUUUACCUGAUGGUCCAACUGAGUGCCGACACUUGGGUCAGAUUUAGCAUCUGGAUGGCACUUGGUUUCCUGAUUUACUUUGCUUAUGGCAUUAGACACAGCCUGGAAGGUAAAUCAAGGGAUGAAGAAGAAGAAGAGGAGGAAGAAGAGGAGGAGGAGGAGGAAGAGGAGGAGGAGGAAGAGGAUGGUUAUGCAGGCAACGGUCAUGGAGCAGCAGAAGGAAAAUGCACCAUACAAGCAAAUAACCGUCACCAAAGAAGCCGCACCUUACCUUUCUUAUUCCAUGAAAAUACCAGCGAAUGCUAAUGCUUGCAGGUGCCCCGCCAGCCCGCCAUCCUGACUCACACGCCACCCCGGAGUCAGCCAUGGCGGGAUGUCGUCAUCAUGCUAGGUUUCACAAGUGUGCCAUGGACCUAGUUUGCCCUGGUUUCUACUCACUCUUCUGGGCAGCACUUCCUCGUGUGGAAUCAUGUGCCUGGGGUGACAUUCACCUGCGCCCUCCCUCAGUGAUGACUAACCCACUCCCCCCACCCCUGUGUGAGUGUGGAUGUGGAAAGUUGUUGGUGUUUUCCUGCAUUUCAGUUCUUGUUGUCAUCAAUUGGCAGCAUAGACUACACAUACUGAAAUGAAGGUAAAGCACGGAAGAGAAGAGUGUUUCGUCUGCGUCCUUACAGAGAGCAUGCUAACAAAUGUACUUACCCAUCCAGUUGCCUGUCGGUGGUCUGAGUGGGCAGAGGGCGGAAAGAAGCUCUUCUCUGAGCUGCAGAUGCCAGCGGCAGCUUUCCCACAGGCUAGGUUUGGCCUGGCUAACAAGGUCUUGACAGUGGGCUAACCUUAGCCAGUCAGGGUGUUUGUUUCUGCUCUACUGCACAGCACAGGGGUGCCAUGCUCAGUCACUGGGUGGCACCCUGGGGAGCUCUUAGCUCCUUUAAAUGUGUCCUCCUCCAUAGGAGGGCCUCAUGCUGGGAAUGCGGUCACCAUCAGCCCAGUCUGAGGCCUGCGGAAACAGUGUGCUCUCCCUGGGGACCUUCUUACUAGCAAGCAAAGCAGAAACCUCCUGGCAGAUCCAAGAGUUAGACCCAUGCUCAGAUAACAAGAUUAACCAAGCAGGCUUGCUUUAAAAGUCACUUAAAAGAAGCCAAUCUUGUCUCCCAGAUCACACGAUUGGCUUUGUGAUUCAUACAAUUCCCGAUUUUGUGAAUAACUAGUCACACUGUAGUGUUCUUAGCCGCGUCAGGCACAGAAUUCACUCCUGUUUUGUUUUGUUUGUCUGGCCUGUGGUGUGCAGGGCUACAGAAACACACGUUCUCUCUAGUACAGGACAACAAUGAAGGGGCACAAGAGAAAAGUCGCUCUCUGAUUUCCUGGUGCCUCUUCAGAUGUUCAUGGACAUUUGGCCUAAUGUCACAGGUUCCCAUCAACUUUGCCUCUGUUUCUUUUGGAAACUUAGGGAUGUUCUCCCCCUUUGACUAAAUUAUUUAGCACUUUUGAUUUCAUUUCUUCUCAAGUAACUAUAUUAAAGCGCUUCAUGCACACCCCAGUAUUCUCUGGUAAGCCAUCAGUCGUUAGGGGUGGGUUGGGGAUGGGGGAGAUGUUUUGUUCAAAUACAAUUAUUUUAAACUUCAAUCUAAAAAUCAACUUGAAUUAAAAUUAUGAACUUUUUCCCCCGCAUGUAAGAUCCUCCAGUUUGCUGUAUUUUAUUUAAUAGGGCUUUCUUAUCAUGAGCUAUUUAGCUAAAAUGUGUGUUUUACUUCUCAUGGGAUAGUUUUUCUUACAAUUUUUCUUAAAGUGGUUUGCUAAAUGUAGCGAGAAACUAGAUUUAUGUUGUGGGUUACACGCCCAGGAUACUUGUCGUGAGUGAUAACCGUGCACACCAAUCCACCAGGUUAAUCCAAAGACCAGGAGAACAUUUAUUUUCUGACAUCUCUUCUGAGAAGUCAGUUAUUUUAUUGGUGCCAUUAAACAAGUUGUGAUUGAUUUGUUUAAACAUUGAUAGCAAUUACCUAUCAAAUAAACAGGAAGAAAGCCUGGUUUUCUGGCUGCUAUGUUGUAGCACCCUGACAGAGAAAUCAGUGCUGACAUUCCACAUGUCCCAGGGUGCACAUGUUCAAACUUGAAGCUCAGCAUUUUCUUUCAAGCUGCAUGUUUUACUAGAGAGGGGGAGUUAGAUAAGCGAGUGGGGACAUGUAAGGACUAGGGUAGGUGAAGUCAUGCAUUCUCCCCGUUGUAGCAGCACACCGACAACAACCCUUUUUAUUCCACAGUACAUCAGAAUUAGCCCUUGGAUGCAUGAGAAAUUUGACGCAUGAGUCUUUAACUCUUUCACUAACAAAAUCAAGAAAUUUCAUUAGAACUCGAUAGGCAGCUAGAAGUACUAUACCCAUUCUAUUCAAUUAGAAUAAAAAUGAUUGUGUUUCCACCUGAAAUGAAAUAUCGAUUAUAAAUGCAAAUGUCUACAGUGUAAAACACAUUGCUGGUGACUCUGCUUUCCUCCCCUUUUGUGAAGAUUCAAGUUGUGUGUGUGUGUGUGUGUGUGUGUGUGUGUGUGUAUGCAUGCAAAUAUGUAAACACAUUUAUGUGUGGGUUUGUGUAUAUAUAUCAGUAUAUCUACAUAUAUUUCAAGUACCAAUGUAUAAGUAAGUUGGGCCUAUGAUGGGCUUUGGAAAUGCUAUUUUUAAGUGUAUCAGAAGCCCAGCUUAUAUCUGAUAGGUAUGCUUAUACAAAAUUGUUAGGUUUUUAACUAUUUUGAAGUAUUCAACAAUUUUAUAUGGAUAUUUUCUAUAGCUAGAUUCUUUAAGGUAUUUAUACUGUUUCUAAUAUGAAAUUAUUCUCUAGGACAUUAUAACAGGUGCUUUCUAGUCUGAAAUGGAGUUGGGGUGGAGGCCUUAGAGUAUUGCUGUUUACUUGUUUCUCUAGCACCUUCUCUGACUUAUUUAUCUCUAUAUGUGUUUAUUAGUAAAAGCCAGUACUAUGAACUCUUCUUAUACCAGCUCUCUCCCUAUAUUUGAAUUCAUAACCUUUGAGACAAAAUGUUCUUUUUCAUUAGGAUUACCAAAAUGUUUUAUAUAUCGUUGACAAGUAAUCAGUUAAGCAUAUAUAAAUACCUUUUCAGAAAUUGAAAAAAAAGAAAGAAAGAAAAGCGCACAUUCUCUUUAUGGUCAUUGACUAAAACCGCUUUUACUCUGUUAUACUAGAAAAUAGCACUCGGCAUUUUCUGUGAGAAACUUCCCCAAUAGCACCUUUAGGUUAUCCUCUUAAAAGAGGGAAUGGUUUGUGAGUUACUACAUUAAGGUAAUGCCAACCCUACAUUUAGGGAGGUAGCCGUGCAAAUUCAAGUUUAAAAGCGCUUAUGUUUUGAUACAUAUUGAAAUGCAGAUUUUUGUUCAACCACAGCCCCAGAGAUAAGCUGGGGCUUAUCAAGCAAGCCAAAGGCAAAAUAGUCUUUGAAAUGUAUACAUUAAAGAAAAAGAUGUAGACAAAUAAAACUUCACUAUCACCCAGCGCAUUCGUUGCUGAGCCUCGAUCUGCGCGACUCGAGGACAGAGUUACCACAGCCGGUUUCCAGGGCUGUCGCCGGCCUAUGGGCACAGACUGCCGAAUAUUUACCCACUCUGCCACUGUCAUUGGUAGAAAAUCACAAUCUCAGAAUUACUUCCUUUGAACAAGCUAAGCCUCUCAAGAUUUCUGCAUAAAGAGUUUUUAAAGAACAUUUUUAUUUUAAAUAUUAGUCAAAAUAUUUUGAGUCCUGAAUGUUUUUUAGGUAGUUGUUUAUAUAUAUACACAUACAUACUCUUAAAUAAAAUAUUUUAAAUUAGCCUAUGCAGCAUAUUAGCAAAAUAAAGCAUUUACCAAAUUCCUUUCUGGGUUUAUGUGAACCCUGGGAAAGGAGGAAAAAGGACAGGCAGGUCCCUGCAAUGCUGAUGACAGAGGGAGCAGAGCAGCUUCUUCCUCCUCAAAAGGCAGUGCCACUCAGUAAUGCUCAGAGCUUAACCUUUGAGCAAAGCUGCACAGAGAUUCCAGCUCCCUGGUGUCACCUUGCUGAUGGGGGCCUGCUGUGCCUGAUAUGCCCCAAGUGACCUUGAGUUAGCACCAAAAAGCACAAUUUCCACAGAAUUUUAACAGGGUAGGUUUACACCCUGGAUUAUUAAACUCCACAUGAUUAGUGUGAGUUUGAAAGUUUUUUGUUUUUUUAAAAUCGACUUCUCUUUAUGCCAAAAGAGCCUUCUCCAUGCCCUUUGCACUUUGCGGAGUUCCCUGGCACAUCCUAACGUAAGGGGAAAAGUGUCAGCAUCUGAAUAGCCAUACCAACAGAUAGAUGUUUUUAAAGCCACAGAGAUGUGAAAAUAAGGUUGCUUGAUGUUUAACUGAGAGGGCGUUUGUUUUUCAUUUUUUUCUUCCUCCUUAUGUAAUCAUACUUAAAUAUUUUUGAAUGGCUUUCUAAUUUCUAGGCUUUGAGGUGCCUGAUCAGUUAUUGUAGUUGUUGGCUUAGUUGUUAGUUUUUGCAACAUUAUUGCUUAUAUGUACACAGUUUAAUCUUAUUGGUUACAGUCCAUCGUCUGGUUUAAUCCUGUCCUGGGGUGAGGUGACCUCCAAGCAUGAGUGUCUAUAGCUACAACUGUUGGUGGGGGUCUUGGGAUGAAGGGAGAAGUUAUGAGGUGAAAGAAAUCAGGUGGUUCAGGGUCCUUGAUUUCAGUUCUAAAUCCCAUGAGUAUGUCAAGGGGAAUGAAAAAGGACCAAGGAACCUUUCUGACUCAGAUAGGAGUGGCUGCGUCCUGCACCUGGCACUAUAAGGCCUGGCCUGCUGCAGUCCCUGCAUACACAGACCAAUGGCCUACACCGAGCCAGUCAAGGGCCCUGUGCUGCCAGUGGGACAGGUGGUAUCACAGCACACUUGAUUGCUCAGUUCUUCAACUAGGGGUGCCCAAUUGUAUUGCCUCAGUCUAUCGUCACACUUCAUAAAAACUGUUGGAGGGCCACAAACCCCACAGAAAUUCUGUCUGUAGAAGCUGACAAAUGCAUUGGUCUUAUGCAAAUGUAAACGUAAACAUUUUACUUAGUCUUAAUUUUAAAUUGAAAUGUUUUGAAUGAAAAUCAGCAUUUUUACUUAUAAAUUUGAAUUAUGUUUUAGAACUUGUCUUAAAUAAAAUCUUGCUUUACCACUGUAAGAUACAUUUUGUCGUGUGAGCAUGUAUUUUUAAAAUAAAUAUGAGUUGCAAUAA